GACGCAGCCAUGCAUUUAUGAGAAGAGGUGCAGCUCUUUAGCUGAACAUUGAGCUGGUUUACGGAGCUAAGACGCAGAAAUCUGAUCAGACUGUCAACAUCUGUCACCAUGCUGAAGGCUGUUGUGUUGUUCUUCGCUGUUUGCAGCGCUCUUGCUGCAUUGGACAGUAACACAGGGGAGUCCAAACCUCCUGCAUCUGUAGGCCCUGCAGGACAAUUUCACACUGCUGGCACGGCCACACCUGAAACCAAUCCUACACCCGCAACUGCAAACACAACUAUACCCCCAACUACAAACGCAACUACACACACAACUACAAACGCAACUACACCCACAACUACAAACGCAACUACACCCACAACUACAAACGCAACUACACCCACAACUACAAACGCAACUACACACACAACUACAAACGCAACUACACCCACAACUACAAACGCAACUACACCCACAACUACAGCCCAAAAUACAACCACUCCUGCAAAUACAACCACGCCUGCAACCACAACUCCACCUACCACAAUUCCUGCAACGACUCCUUCAACCACUGUGACUGUGGGAAACUACAGUCUGGAGAAAGACAAAGUUACUUGUCUGAAAGCUGACAUGGGGCUGAAGAUCCGACUGGAAUCAAAAGAGGCCAAUGGGACCUUUAUUGUUCAGCCAUCACAGACCAAUGCAAAAGGUGGAUGUGAGAAAACCACUGCUAACCUUACCCUCGUCUUUUCUCAAGGCUUCAUCACCUUCAUGUUCAACAAGAGCGUUGCUGACAACCUUGUCUACGUUGAUACUCUGUCGUUCCAACUGUCCUACCCCUUCGCAAACGGAGGUUUUCAACCGUACAAAGGCUCCAACUCGUCGCUGCAACUGUUCUCUGCAAGGAUUGGGCAUGCUUACUCCUGCAAGCAGGAAUCGGUCUACAUGGGGAAUGGACUGUACCUAGACGUCAUCCAAGACAGGAUGCAGGCCUUCAAUUUCACUUCCAAUGACUUCGGCACUUCUGACCCCUGUCCUGCCGACAAGCCUGACUACCGGGUUGCCAUCGCGGUUGGGGUGACGCUGCUGGUGCUGAUUGUGGUGGUGGUGGUGGUCUACCUGCUGGGCCGCAGGAAGAGGUCCGAUGGCUACCAGUCUCUGUGAGAGGAUGGAGGGCUGGCUGCAGGUCAAUAACAUGUACUCCAUCAGCGAGGUUGUAAUCUUUUGGGGGCUAAAUGGCACUUCCUCUGAAGCUACCAUUUUUCUGAUCCUGUUUUUACUGCAUUAACGAUGUUUUAUCCAGAAUUGUCCCGCAUGUGGAGGCUGAAGUGAGCCACCUAACGAGCUUAAGUGCAAUCAAUGAUUAAACAAAUCCACAUUAAUCCAAAGUCCAACAAACUCUAACAACUGCGUUACAAUGUAGGUCACCAGACUUUAACCUCGAAUUGUAAAACUAUUAUUAUUCAACUACUUUGAAUAAAAAAUCUGCACAUAAUUGGAUCUUACGUGCAGUCUGGGGCAAAAAACUUUGUCCUCGACCUGAAUAGAAACCACGUCUCAGCUUCCAUGAAGACAACAAAGUGAAACUUGACCCUGUUUUAUCUGAGAUUAAAAGAUCAAUACACCGAUUAGAAAAUCCACAUGUCAGUCUCCUCGUGGCACACUCAGGACUCCAUAACGAUUAGUUUUAAAAAGGUUGUUAUUUCUUAUUUGAUGACAGUAUCCUGCAUUUAUGAUUAUUUUCAUGUGCAAAAUUAGAUAAACUUAUGAGACUUUGACCCUAAACGAGUAUUUUCAUCAGGAUAAAUGAGCGAUAUUUGGUUUCUGGGACACUACCGUGUGUAUAAACUGACAGUCAUAAAUAACUGAGCAUUUAGUUAUCUUUGUUCUUUAAAUUGGCUUCUUUAAUCAACUAACUCAUCAUCAAACUGUGCGGUGAAGGUAAAAAUCGACCAUAUAUCCUGUUAAUUUGUGAAUUAACUCAUGUAAUUCAUUUACAUGUUUUAUUGUUUUCUGACGUGUUGGAAAUUUUGUGAUUUCUUUUUUAAUAAUCAAAUUUUGUGUUUCUUAUUUUUACUUUUUUUUUUUUUUUUUUACAAAAAGGAGAUUUAUCUAAUCAUUACUUGUACAGGUGAUUGUGCUGAAUAUGUAUUUGGUUUCUUAAUUUACACAAAGGGAAAAAAGGCAGUUUUAUACGGGGUUGUUCCAAUAUUAAUUGCACUAAUUACUGUUCCAGUUGAGCACCUCUGUUUUUAUAUGAAACUGAUACUUUGCUUUUUAUUAAUGUAAAACAAUGCUUUGCUUUUUAUUAUCUUUACUUCUUUAAGGUAAAAUGAUGCACUAUUGGAUAUGACUUGACGUUAGUGAGACUUAAAGCUCUCUAGGGUACAAUACGUGACAAAAAGGGACAUUUUUUUCAUGCAUGUGUCUGUAAUCUGCCCCCGGGAACUUCUUUAUAGUGGUUUCCUUUUUACACUCAAGUCAGGAGGUAUGAAUCUUUGAAAUUAAUUUGAUUUUUAAAAAUUCUUUUUCAAGUUUUUUCAAGCUGAACUCUCUUUAAUGAAUGCUUUGGCAUUUUAAGACCUAUCUGUCUCCCGUCUCUUUCCUUAGCACAUAAAUGAUGCCCACUACCCAGAUAGAAAUACAUUUUAUUGAUCAAAUUUGGCCUUGAAUAAAUGUGAGUGUAGCUGGUAUAACUCAGACACAUGACCGGCACAUGUGGCUAUAAGGAAGGCUUCCCGUAUUAGGGCCACUUGUGGCCCACAAGAUACUUGUCAUUCACAUCCAGGCCUCCAACUGACAUCUGGUCCACUUCUGGCCCACACAACAGCUGCCAGUACCGUAACUGAGCCAUGAGUGGCCAAACAUGUCUGCUAUCUGGGAUAAGUUUAGCUGAGGGCCACGGAGCGAGACGGGCUGUCAGGUUUUCAUACGGCAUCAUCUUCAUCAGCUCUUCUUUCUUUUAUUUCGUCAGCUUCAAAGUUUUUAAGUACUCAGAUGAAGUUAAAAUGUAAACGUUUGCAUCAAAUGUAGAAUAGGUUCGUUAUUACAACUGAAAGCUCCCGGACGGAUGCUGCAUGGAAUUUCUGGCUGCAGAAGUCCAGAGGCAGAUCUCUCAAACUGUGGUGUGAUGAGCCCAAACCGUCGAGUUGGCUGAGCAUGAAAUGAAAGAGGUGUGGUGGUUUGGGUCUGUGUGUGAAAUCAAUGACUCAUCGUGUCAAACAGUAACUUCCUCUGAGAAUAAAGACUUCUAUUUC